CCAGUUUCAGAGGAAGGUUCCUUUGAUUGGUUGUCAUUUAUUUUUAGGAAAUCAUGUCUUUUGAGCAAGACAAACGUUCCCUGUACGAGCGCCGCCGUAACAUUCUCUACCUUGUUUCGCACUAUUUUUCCAUCAUGGGUCUCAACCAAUCCCGCCAAGCACUGCUGGACGAAACACACCUAACGGAAGAAUUCGAAGUCUGCGACAACAUCGAUCUGGACACAAUCUACCAGGAGUACUGCAGCUACUAUUCGCUCAAAUUUGGCAAGCAGCCCCGAAUUAUCAAGAAAAACGAAGCUUACUCGCUGCAACCGCCUCCCGCCUUACCCCAACGCAAGCAAUCAGCCUAUAAGAAACGAGUACAUCCAACGGUGAAACCACAACCACUGUCCCCACGUGGCGAACCGGAACCGGAAUGUGAGGUUAAAAAUCUAGGCAACAACCUUACGGUGUCCCAAUUGGUCAAUCCCAAUCUAGCCUCUCCUAGUAAGACUAAAAAUAAUUCCGGGGCCACGGCCAAACUCCAUGAAAAUGACACAUCCAAUUCCGCAGUACUGGUUCCCAAUCUGAGACCGUUCAUUAGAUUGCAUGAAAACUUCACCAGCGAAUGGAAGGAGCUGGCUGAUGCGGUUUGCAGGGACCUCAUCAAGAAAGACCUCCAGCAGCGUUGGCAUCAAGUGAAAGGCCUGGACCUGCCGAUCAAACUGCUAAAGGAAAGUGUCAUCACCCCACUGCAAUUCCCAGAUCUCUUCGUAGGCCUUACCAAACCGUGGCGUUGCAUCUUGCUUCACGGCCCACCCGGAACCGGAAAAACCAUGCUAGCUCGUACACUGUGUUCGGAAAGCCUCGAUUCCAUCACGUUCUUCAAUGCUACUGCCAGUACGUUGAUUUCGAAAUGGCGCGGCGAAUCCGAGAAGCUCAUUCGAGUGCUGUACGAUGUGGCACGGUUCUACGCUCCAUCGAUCAUAUUCAUCGACGAGUUCGAUGGCCUAGCGUCCCGGAGGGACUCGAUCGGAGAGCAUGAAGCUUCCAAACGGUUCAAAAAUGAAUUCCUAGCGCUGAUUGAUGGGUUGGAUAGUGGGUCGGACGAGGAGCGCGUGUUUCUGCUGGGGAGUACCAAUAUUCCGUGGGACAUUGAUCCGGCAUUUCUGAGACGAUUCGAGAAGAAGAUACUGAUCGAUGUUCCCGACGGGGAAGGAAGGAAGGCGAUAAUACACGAUCUGCUGCCGGUAGCGACCGGUUGGGAUCAGAAGCAGAUGGGUGAGUUGGUUGCUCGGACGGAGAACUUCACCGGAGAUGAAAUUCGGAUCGCGUGCAAGGAGGCUUCCAUGAUGAUGAUACGGGACAGGAUCGAGAAAAAUAGUGGGCCCAAUGGAAAGUCGUGCUCUAAACCGUUUCCCGAAGAAGUUCAACACCAUCAGCUUUUGACUGCUCUGCAACAGAUUCAACCUGCCUCGCUUCCGCUGAUUGAAAAACACCGCGACUGGAACCGGAAGUAUGGAAAUCAAGCGUAAUGGUGAAA